GUCGAACACCGCCCCGAAUACUCCCACAGAAUCUCACGAAGACCUUUGCCCGUUGUCGAAAUGGCCGGAAUCCUUGGUGGCGUCUACAACGCUCUCGUGAAGCGGAACGCGGUAUUCUUGAGUGUCAUCUUCGCCGGAACGUACGCGACAAGCCUUGCCUUCGAUACCGGCGCAAACCUCGUAUGGGACCAGAUCAACAGAGGCCGUCAAUGGAAAGACAUCAAGAAACGCUACAUCGAGGCGGAUGACGAGUAGGCUGCUUGGGCGGAGUUCAGGGAGCAGUGAAGGGUGGAAGAAGGAAAGGACACUUCAAUACUGGGGAUACACUCGGCACUGCUUCAGCAGUAUGUCUCAAUAUCAUGGACAUGCAUGGGCGGUUGCGGCGACCGUACAUAUAUCCAGAACCUAUUGAUCUCACGACGAUCGAAAGUACUCAUAUCUCGGACCGUG